AUGGACGGAACGGCGUUUCUUCUCUUCGGCUGGACUAUAAAGUGCUUCAGACCGAUCUUCUCGAGAAGUCUGACGCGAAUCGGGCGGUUCAAUGCGAGACAGAGGACUCCGGUGAGCCCUGAGUUCAGCUGGAACCACACGUGGGUUCCUUCGAUAAAGCAUUCGGGUGGUUCGCAAGUAUUCCAUAGAAAGAUAACAAGAUAAACGAAGCAGGGCACAACGUAUUGCAGGCAUACGAAAGUGGACUGAAUCAUGAUUUUGCGCUGCAGAUCACUCGUUCCUCUCCAACAAUUCUCGUAUUCGGUGGCCAGUUUGAAGGUGAGAGUGGAAAAGAUCAAAAGAAUAAAUGAGACGAAGAAGACGUUGUGGCCGUUCAGAAUUUGUUUUUCGAAAAUAUCAUUCUGCAAGCGAAACAAUUUGAAUGAAACGGAAAAGAGAGAACCUCCAUGUCAUUGAACGGAUAAAUAGAGAAUUCCCGGCGGGAAGAGUUGUAAAGGCAUGGAUCAGUGAGAAAAGCCACGAAAAAAGAGUAGACGACGAUGAAAACAAACAUUGCGGUCACUUUGGUCUGCCUCUGAAAGGAUCGUUCUCGUCUCCACUAUACAGAUGGCUUCACAUCGAAAAACUUCAAAAGACACUUUCUCCUCGUCAUGUCAGCUAACCGAUUCAGUGCUAAAAAGACACUGGCAGUACUUCCAGCUACCCAUUCCACUGAAAAUUUUUUUUAAAUUUUUAAACUGAAUUUUUUCUAUUUUACUACUCGUAAGCGCCUUUCCCGCGAACAUUCCGGACAGGGGAUGAGUACAGAAGACGGCUCCUUUGAAGAGAAGAUAAGCAGGCCAAAUUGACAUCGUGAGCACUUCAAACCAAGCAAUUAUACCUGCAAAAACAGGCACUUCGAUUAGUUCUCCUCACAUAGUUCUCACCUAAAAAGAAGAGAAUCUUGAAGCAGGAAGAUCUCAUGAGAGCGUGGGACCGGAAGGCCCAUAGAACGACGGACGAUGUUAUCUGCAGAUUCGCACAUUUCUCAUCAUUUCCGGAUCAUCCAAGAGGUCAUGAUCCCAUGAAUGCCAAGUGGGCACAAUUAGAACAACGUGACCGUUGCACAUUGACUCCGGGGGAAUGCGUGGGAGCGAUGAGCAAAUAGAUAUUGCACAUGUCUGCCACAGGGAUGAGUUAAUAAGUCAUGACCUCCCCACCGUGAUGAUACUAAUUGUCGCCCACGUGGGAAUUCGCACUUACGAGGAAGAACAUGCCGGCAGCCAGAUUGAUUGUGCCAUACGUCCUGAAGACCCUUCCCUGCUGAUACCACUCAACAAGAGUCCGGUGCCAACAGUGAUAUCUGAACAGGAACGUACUGCCCAUUUUAUCUCAAAAUCUACCUGUACGGCUCACUUCCAAUCAGAUACGAUAUCCAUUCUUGCACAGGAUUUUGUUUCAGAUAGGCCAUUUUAGUAGAAAAAGGAAAGAGCAGAGAGGAAAUGGAAAAGGAAAACAUUUCUAGUGGACCGCUGCGUUCCAAGAACACACAGAUUGUAUCCAAAGCAACCGAGUCCCCGGUGGCCUGUCUAUCGUGUUUUCCCUUUUAUUUAGGAUUACUAUGAUAUCAGAUAUCAAAUCAGACUGAAACUUUGAUGUUUGGUUGAAGCACCUCAAUGCCAUUACAGCUUAGCAGGGAUUCUGAUCGAUAUACAGAGAAGAGAAAACAAUAUUUUUGUGUGUUUUUAUAAUUAAAGCUGGAGCACAAGAUGUUCUUCACUGCUACUUUACAGUUGCUUUUUUUGUGAAAACCAUAAACCAGAUUUGAACGGCCGCCUAUUUAGUUGAGAACGAAGCUCCGUUCUUCCGCCAGCUCGUUCUUUACCACCUGUCCGAUUUUUCAUUAUUUUUAUGAUUUGACAUUGAAAAUUCGCAAUUUCCAGUAGAGUUCAAAUCAUUCUGUUCAAGUAACUUGAACAAAAACAAGCUAAUAUACGCAUUAUUUCAAUUUAAACAACCAAAAAUAUAAAAAUCUUGUGAAAAGUCCACUUGCCGUUAUCAGCUCUCAGUUUGCGCAAAUUCAUCAAAAAAUUGUUUUCAGUAAUGUUCCGUCACGUGGCUCAGAACUUGGGCUCCAGAAGCACGUCCAUUCAAUCAUGUGAGUAAAUCGCAUCUCGUUUUUCUCAGAAAAAUCAUGUUUUCAGGCCGGUUUCUCAGAACUCGUUGGGAGCGCGGGUAUCUCAAGGACCUUUAUCACCGUCGUCAGAUUCUCGGAGCCGAUCCAGCCAUUUCUCGAUCUUCUUAUCCUAACUGGUAAGUUUGAUGGGGGUCUCAGAAACACGAAAGCCAUAUCAUCCCUCUUCUGAAAUUAUGUGUUGUUAUAAUCGGUUCCGCAAACCGAUAAAAUUGUUUUCUACCCCAUAGCAGUUUGGUGCAAGUGCGCAGUCAUCACUGCUCCGCCGAUAAGGCUACUUUCCAAUGGGCUCCCAUCAAAUCGUCGAUCGACAACACAUCGGAGGAUUUCACCGCGAACCAGUCUGAAAUGAAAGCUUUGGUCGACGAUCUAAAAGCGAAAAUCGCUAAGAUCGAAGAGGCUGGAGGCGAGAAAGCGGUAAAACUGCACAGGAGUCGUGGAAAGAUGCUUGCAAGAGAAAGAAUCGACGGACUCGUCGACUCAGGAUCUCCGUUCAUCGAGUUUAGUCAGCUCGCAGGUUACGAGGUGAAUAUCGUGUCGAAUUUGUAUUAAACCUCUGACAUUACCAGAUGUACGGCCGCGAACAAGUUCCGUCUGGCGGAAUUCUCACCGGAAUCGGAAUAGUCUCGGGACGUGUGUGCGUGAUUGUCGCCAACGACGCCACUGUCAAGGGAGGAACCUACUAUCCAAUCACCGUGAAGAAGCAUCUGCGUGCUCAGGAAAUCGCCCGCGAAAACAACCUUCCGUGCAUUUACCUCGUCGAUUCCGGAGGUGCCAAUCUUCCGCGUCAAGCUGAUAUCUUCGCUGAUAACCAGCACUUCGGUCGAAUCUUCUACAAUCAGGCGACAAUGAGCAGUCAGGGAAUUCCGCAGUUAGCUGUUGUCAUGGGAAGUUGUACUGCUGGAGGAGCCUACGUGCCCGCAAUGUCUGAUCAGGCCAUUAUUGUGAAGGGAACAGGAACCGUCUUCCUCGGUGGACCGCCACUCGUCAAGGCAGCGACUGGAGAAGAGAUCUCGGCUGAAGAGCUUGGAGGAGCUGAUUUGCAUUGUGGAGAGUCUGGUGUGACCGACUACUAUGCGGUCAAUGACUCGCACGCAUUGUACCUGGCGAGAAGCUGCAUUGCUGGACUUCCCCCGGUUGAAGAACAGAUGACCUUCAACCCUAAUGGUAAGAACAGAAAAUAAAUGUUUCUUGCAUUACAUUUAUUCAGCCGAUAAGCCGCUGUAUCCGGCUGAGGAAAUUUACGGAAUUGUCGGAUCGAACCUGAAGAAAACGUACGAUGCUCGCGAAGUCAUCGCUCGCAUCGUCGAUGGAUCCAGAUUCCACGAGUUCAAAGAGCGUUACGGAGAGACCCUCGUCACCGGAUUCGCCACUAUUUACGGACAGCGUGUCGGAAUUCUGGCGAACAACGGAGUUCUGUUCGCUGAGAGUGCUAUGAAGGGCGCUCAUUUUAUCGAGCUGUGUUGCCAACGGAAGAUUCCACUUCUCUUCCUCCAGAAUAUCACCGGAUUCAUGGUCAGUUUAUAAACUGGGGAAAAACAGAAACAAAGUGUGUUUUCAGGUGGGAAGAGAUGCUGAAGCCGGCGGAAUUGCCAAGCACGGAGCCAAAUUGGUGACUGCCGUCGCUUGCGCCAAUGUUCCAAAGAUCACUGUGCUCGUGGGAGGAUCCUACGGAGCUGGAAACUAUGGAAUGUGUGGAAGAGCAUACAGCCCGAGGUGGAGCCGAGCAUGUGGAGCAUGACUCUAAUCUAUUCAUUUCAGAUACGUUUUCAUGUGGCCAAACUCUCGCAUUUCAGUUAUGGGCGGAGAACAGGCAGCCAACGUUCUUUCGACCGUUCAGAAAGAGAAAAAGAAGCGCGAGGGGGCCGAAUGGACUGACCAACAGGAUCUGGAACUCAGAAAGCCUGUGGAGGAGAAGUUCGAGAAAGAAGGACAUCCUUACUUUGCCUCGGCCCGUCUUUGGGAUGAUGGGGUCAUCGACCCGAAAGACACCCGAAAGGCAUGUUCAUGAAAUGCUUCAUUACCUUCAUUUUAACCUUUCAGGUGCUUGGACUCGCUUUCCAGUCUACUCUUCAGAAACCUAUUUCAGACACCAAAUUCGGUGUUUUCCGAAUGUAACUCAGGCUCCUCUUCAUGUGUUUUGUUGUGAGAUUUUACGGAUUUGAUCUUCUCAUUUGUAGAGCUUAUUUCGUCCGAAGAUGAUAAUAGUAUGUAGACUAGUAAUGAUUUCUGCCUAAUCUCUCGCGUGCCUUUCUGUUUUAGGAAUUAUUGUAGACAUCGAAUAAAUAAAGUUGCAUUUAUGUUUUCCUUGCUCGUUCACUUAUAUUUAUUUGUUGAGCACAGCACCACCAGAAAAGGGAUGAAAAAUGGCUUUCGUGUGGGAAACAUGGGCGGGAUUGGAUGAGAUUUCCAGCAAAUUCGAUUAUUUCAGGGAUUACAACAGCGAAAUAUACGCAUUCGGACACAGAAUCGGCGCUCCGGAAAUCACUGAAACUGAAUAUAUCAAGGUGAGGAAGUGAAACGAGUUCUUCGAAAACGAAAGACGUUACAGGCACUGACGGAUCAGUCAUUCUUCGAAAGAGCUGACGUGGAAGACCACGUGGAAAUCGCUCAACCGGGAGCCGAAGUAGGAACGGAGCACAACGCGGAGCUCGUGGAACAAGGCCAGAAGAAGUUGUCCACGUGGCUGAAGAGAUAUUUGAGAUUCCAUUUGUCGCAAGCUCCGGAAGAACUAAUCGAAGCGAUCGAUUCGCAUCUCCUUGCGAAUGAGUGCCUCACUGAGAUUGCCAAUCAUCUCGGUCUGUUCUAUUUUUCCAUAUUGCCCCAAUAACACAUUUUCGCAGGAAUUGAUCAUUUGGUGCGAACUAAAGAAUUCCCAGUGAGCCAACAAUCGUGCGCCGACGCCUUCCGAGCUCUUGCCGGAGUGUUUUCCGAUGAGAAAGUCAAAAAUCUCGUCAUCGAUUUCAUAGUUCCACAACUCGUUGAUAUUGAUUUCGCAGGUAGCAAACCCAUUAAUGGCUGAACAACUCACAGAAACUGUUAAGACAUUUACCCGCUCGCUGAUCCGAUGGCUGUUCUGACCGAUCUUCUCAUAGCUGAAGGGGUCAAAGCCGUCGAACCACGUCUUCUUCGCUCUGCUGGAGAGAACAGCGCCGAGCCUAUUUACGUCGUCGGAAUCUAUGCGGACCAGCUGAAGAACGUGGGACAAAGCGCCGGAGAAACUCUGACGAUCGCUGUCGAUAUGGCCGCAAGAGAAGCACUUCUCAGAAUCUGGAACAUCACUUCUGACAGGUUACUUCUAGAAUCCAGAAAAAAGGAAUAGGAUGAUCUUUUGCAGAGUGCUCUUCUUCGGAGAUCGUGCCGCAAAUGUGCCUUUGGAGCAGUUCUCGAAGCCAAACUACAGAUUGGAGAAGAAGUGCACACCAGGGUAAUAACUGACUAUUCUCCCGAGCUCUAUUUUGACAGUAUGAAAUUCAGAACGAAUAUCCGUUUGAUUGAAGACGCACACCAAGAGGAAGCCCCCACGAAUCUCAUCGAAGCAGUUCUGCGGUACCGAAACGUCGUCGAUGCAGAAGUCGGCAAGAGUUACACGAAGCGACUGCGCCACAAGUUCUCGCGCGGAUCCCUCGCCAAACGUUCCUUCAGAUACCUCGUCAAGCCAAAGCCGUACACUGUCGCCUAA